AUGGCGCAUCAACUGGCACCGUCUGUAAAUUGUUCAUUGGACGACAUUGACCUCAGUGCUCUGAAGGACCCAGCUGGGAUAUUUGAACUCAUAGAAGUUGUGGGAAAUGGCACCUAUGGACAAGUAUACAAGGGACGCCACACAAAAACAGGACAACUUGCUGCCAUCAAAGUUAUGGAUGUCACACAAGAUGAAGAAGAAGAGAUAAAGCUUGAAAUCAAUGUUUUAAAAAAGUACUCAACCCAUCGCAACAUUGCAACCUAUUAUGGUGCUUUUAUAAAGAAAAGUCCACCCGGUAAAGAUGACCAGUUAUGGCUGGUUAUGGAAUAUUGUGGUGCUGGAUCUGUUACUGAUUUGGUGAAAUCGACCAAAGGGCAGUCCUUGAAAGAGGAAUGGAUUUCCUAUAUAUGCAGAGAAAUCUUGAGAGGACUCAGUCAUUUACACUCAAACAAAGUUAUACAUCGAGACAUCAAAGGGCAGAAUGUGCUACUUACAGACAAUGCUGAAGUUAAAUUAGUGGAUUUUGGGGUUUCUGCACAGUUGGAUCGAACAAUUGGUAGAAGAAAUACUUUUAUUGGUACACCAUAUUGGAUGGCGCCGGAAGUCAUUGCUUGCGAUGAGAACCCUGAAGCGACAUAUGACAAUCGCUCUGACCUUUGGUCUCUUGGUAUAACUGCUCUUGAAAUGGCCGAAAGCCAACCGCCGUUAUGUGAUCUCCAUCCCAUGCGAGCUCUGUUCCUUAUUCCUAGAAAUCCACCACCUCGUUUGAAAUCGAAGAGAUGGGCGAAAAAAUUUCACAGCUUCAUUGAGACUGUACUCGUGAAAGAUUAUCAUCAGCGCCCCUACACUGAACAGCUAUUGAAACAUUCAUUCAUCAGGGAUCAGCCGACUGAGAGGCAGGUGAGGAUACAGUUGAAGGAUCAUAUAGACAGGUGUAAGAAGAGAAAGCAGGAUAACUCGGUGCGUGAAGACUACAAGUACUCGGGCUCCGAGGGCGAGGAGGAAGAUAAUGCUGUAGCUGGAGAGCCCUCAUCAAUAGUACAUAAUGCAGCCGCUCACCAGGGAGGUGACACGCUGAGGAGGAACUUCCAGCAAAUACAGGAGGGACGAGCUAACGAGGCCCAGCAGCCUCAACCGCCGCCGAAGCGUAACAGUAAACGCGAUGAACGUGAAGAAAUUCCAGAACCCGGCCCACCAGCGAGGCCGACAAUUCCACAAAGACUGAUCGUAGUGCCAGACCCGCAGGCCCAACAACCAAAUAGAUAUAGACCGUUGCCUCCGACCCCCAAGUCGUCGGGCUCCUCUAACAGCUCGGGCUCCAACAACGGCACGCCCCCGGCCGGACCGCAGCCCCCGCAACGCGGAUCACAACACUUCAAGCCUAUGAUACCGCCGCGACGGCCGGAGGAUCUAGAUAAACUGGCCGCGCAACUGAAUGAAUUGGGUGUGGUGUCAGGCAAUGAACCACCGAAUAGGCCUCCGAGGGCGCCAACUAACGGACAAGGUCCUCCAGUGGAAAGGAAUACACAGGAACCUACUUUCGAAGAAUCCGAAAGUGACUCCGAGGCUGAGGAAAGCGGAGGGAGAGUCCGCAACGACGGAACAUUACUGGCCAGCGACCCUCCGAAACCGCUUCCCGAGUUUUGCUAUAGGCCGGGUUUGAGCGCUGUGUCGGAGGACGGCUGCGGAGGCUGCGCGCCCACUCGCCCUCUACCACCGACGCCGGACGAUGACGAUCCGCACGCUGAUCGCACACUCGUCAAGCGGAGGGAGACUGAGAAAGAUAAAAUACAAACGGAGGUCGAUGAGGUCGUUCUGCUGAAGGACUGGGACUUUGCCAGAUUUUUCCCAUCGAAAAGUGCUGAGCUCAAAGAAGAAAAAAAAGAUAUAACAAAAGACUCUGAACAAAAACGGAUGCAACUCCAACGACAAUCUAGAAUUGAAAUGGAGGAUGCUUGGGUGAAGUACAAGGGUAUAGCGACACCGCCGGCCCGUCAUAAACAAAUACAACAGAAACCGAUAGAAAAAACAACUCAAGACAAACUAUCAGACAUCAUGAAGUACAAAAAGGAGCAAGAUGAUACUCCGAACAGAUUCUUUAGAGGUUUCCGGCGAGAGAACUCCGACCUCUUCCCACUAUCAAGCACCCGACACUCUGCGUUUUAUUUGCCAAAACACGAUAAUCAAAAUGAAGCCAACAAACAACUUAGAUCCAGUGGUAUUUUCAAUCAUUCCCGUAAACAAUCAAACAAGCCGCAGACGUCUGGCGAACCUGUACUAACGGACUUCAUAAAGAUGAAUGACAGUUUAAAAAUGGCCAAAAAGAACGAAAUCAAGAUAGCAGACAAGAAAACGUCUGAUAGGAAAUCACCGCCCACCAAUCCGAUAGAGGCCUUGAAGAAUGUGGCUGUGUUGUUGAGACAGGACAGUGAGAACAACAGCACAAGUCGGCAGAGCAGCAUCAACAGUGACUCGCCCGCGACGAGCAUUUGUUUCAGCAGCGGCGCCUCCUUCGAGAAACAAGGCACGCUGGAUCUAACUGCCAACACGCUGGACAAAAAAGACAUGUCAGACAAUAACGUGGUUAGACCGCGCAGAGAAAAGACUGAAUCAGAUAUCAUAUUCCGAAGAAAUUCACAAUUUAAUAGGCACACAGAGGCAAUAUUAUCAAGUGGGCAGGAAGCGGUAAUCGCACAGGAACAGGGCCGUUCAAGUGGCAAUGAAGGCAGUGGUUCUCGCACCAGCUCGGUACUGCCCGAUCUCCUCUCUCAAGCCGGACAGCCGACAACUCCGCCGCGCCACGAUAAAUCGACAAGCGAAGAGUAUAGGCAGGCGAUCGCCGGGGGCGCUCCCGUCCAUCAUCACCACCACCCCCCCUCCUCGGUCCAGUCGACCCCCUCUAAGUCCUUCAUAGCCGGCUCCUCCCCCCACCCCCUGCAACACUCCCCCUCCAACUCAUCGGUCGGCUCGCAGCAACAGUUCCUUCCAUUGCAACAGAAGCAGCGGUCGUUUAUAACAUUCGGCUUCGGCGCGGGCUCUACCGGGAGCGGCACCGGUGGCUCCGGGAAUGCCUCGCGCCGUGAAAGCCACGUGAACGUAAACGUAACGCCGACCGGACACGACCUCUCCUCUGAUACCCCUGAGAUUAGGAAAUACAAGAAGAGAUUUAAUUCUGAGAUUUUGUGCGCUGCACUGUGGGGAGUAAAUCUUCUCAUCGGCACCGAAAACGGCUUGAUGCUGCUGGAUCGUUCUGGCCAAGGAAAGGUAUAUCAGUUGAUCUCAAGACGCCGCUUCCAACAGAUGGAAGUGCUAGAAGGCCAAAAUAUACUCGUCACUGUUUCUGGAAAGAAGAACCGCGUUCGUGUCUACUACUUGAGCUGGUUAAAAUCAAAGAUUUUGCGUACUGAUGGCUUAAGUGACCAAGUUGAGAGGAGGAAUGGCUGGAUUAAUGUAGGAGAAUUACAGGGCGCUGUUCAUUUCCGUAUAGUGAAGUACGAGCGCAUUAAGUUCCUCGUGAUCGCUCUUAAAGACUCCAUCGAGAUCUAUGCGUGGGCACCCAAACCAUAUCACAAAUUUAUGGCCUUUAAAAGUUUUGGGGACUUGCAACAUAGACCUCUACUAGUAGACCUAACUAUCGAGGAAGGUACAAGACUGAAAGUAAUUUACGGUUCAGCGGACGGUUUCCACGCUGUUGAUCUCGAUACUGCCAGUGUAUAUGAUAUUUAUAUUCCAAAGCAUACGCAAGGAGCAAUUGUUCCGCAUUGCAUAGUACCAUUGCCUAAUUCAAAUGGCGUGCAACUAUUGUUAUGCUACGAUAAUGAAGGUGUAUACGUAAAUACUUAUGGUAGGGUUAGCAAAAAUAUAGUUCUGCAGUGGGGUGAGAUGCCUACUUCGGUCGCCUACAUAGGAACUGGCCAAAUAAUGGGUUGGGGCAAUAAAGCCAUUGAAAUACGAUCUGUAGAGAGUGGUCAUCUUGACGGUGUUUUUAUGCACAAAAAGGCCCAACGUCUCAAGUUUUUAUGUGAACGUAAUGACAAGGUGUUAAUUUCUGUAAGAAAAUGUAAUUCAAAUCAAACUAUCAAUGAAUAUUAUGCCAUAUUAUAUUGUUUUUUAAUGUUAAGCUAG